GAGCCGGCCGGGGGAGCCCCGGCCCCGCCGGCCCCGGGCAGGGGCAGCGGGAGGAGGGGCCGCCGGGCCGGGCCCCGCGCGGGGCAGCAAGAUGUAAGGACUGACAAUGGCACCGAAUGAACGCUGCCUUCAAGCCUCCUUCCUAUAAGUGAUAGGACCAAACAAGGCGGUGUGAUGAACAUGCCACUGCAUCAGAUCUCUGUCAUUCCAGCUCAGGAUGUUACCUCUUCCAGAAUCUCCAGGAGCAAGACCAAAGAAAAAGAGGAACAGAGUGAGAAAGCUUUGGGGCAUUCUGUCAGCCGUUCUAGUAACAUCUCAAAGGCUGGAAGUCCAACCUCUAUCUCUGCUCCUCAUAGUUUCUCUCGGACUUCUGUUACACCAUCCAAUCAGGACAUCUGCAGUUCCAGUGCAGUGUUUUCUGAAUGUUGUCAUCACAGUCCAGUGCAGUCUGCUGUUGUCUUGAAAAAUCCUCACUGCCAGAGCUCUCUGACACAAGGGUUCACUGUGACAGUAAUCUGUCAGGAUACAUUACAUGCAGCAAAGAGAAACUCUCAUGGGCAGGAUUGGGUCCAGGCACUCAGUUCUACCAAGAAUAUAAAGCCCACCUGCACUCUGAAAUUCUCCAAAUCCCUCAAUGACGUGGACCAGAAGGCACAGAGCACCAGUGAGUGCUUUGACUACGUGGAGCGAACAUGCUCAGAAGGCAAAUUGACUCCAACUCAAGAGCAGUGCUUAAGGAUUAACAAAUUUCAUCUUAAAGAAAGGAAAUCGCUGAAUCUCAGGCCUCUUUCUUUUAGCAGUUCUAAACAUUCCUACAUCCCUUCCCUUUCCAACCACUCGAAUGCAUCAGGAGGAGCAGAGAACCACAGCACUGUACAUAUCCCCUUGCUGGAGGACAAGGUCGACCAUGACACCUCAAGAAGCAAAAAACUGCUGCGCUACCUUUUUUCCUUCUCCCACACUUCCAGCGCCAGCAGCCUGCAUAAGUUCCUCGAACUGGAGAGCUAUUCCAGUCACUCUCAAGCUGAGAAAUCCUCCAGUAUGCUGGUGGAAAGCACAGACUUCUGCUCUGAUGAUAUGGGAGAUGAUGACGUCUUUGAGGACAGCACCUCAGUGAAACUGAAAACAAAAGAGCAGCGGGCGCCACUCUGUUCAGUUGAGAAGGACAGUGACCUUGAUUGUCCUUCCCCCCUCUCAGAAAAAUUCCCCCCUCUCUCCCCUGUGUCUACAUCGGGGGAUACCUGCAGGAUAUGUCACUGUGAAGGAGAUGAUGAGAGCCCUUUGAUUACCCCCUGUCACUGCACGGGGAGUCUUCAUUUUGUGCACCAAGCUUGCCUGCAGCAAUGGAUCAAGAGCUCAGAUACGCGAUGCUGUGAACUUUGCAAGUAUGAGUUCAUCAUGGAGACAAAACUGAAGCCUUUGCGGAAGUGGGAGAAGCUGCAGAUGACAGCCAGUGAGAGGAGGAAGAUCAUGUGCUCUGUGACAUUCCAUAUCAUUGCCAUCACCUGUGUUGUGUGGUCGCUGUAUGUCCUGAUAGACAGGACUGCUGAGGAGAUAAAGCAGGGACAGACUACUGGGAUUCUAGAGUGGCCAUUUUGGACUAAGUUGGUGGUUGUGGCUAUUGGUUUCACUGGCGGACUUCUGUUCAUGUAUGUACAAUGCAAAGUGUACGUACAGCUAUGGAAGAGACUUAAAGCUUAUAACCGAGUAAUAUAUGUACAAAACUGUCCAGAAACUAGCAAAAAGAAUAUUUUUGAAAAACCUGCACUAAUGGAGCCAAACUUUGAAAGUAAAGAAAUGCUUGGGGUUCACCAUUCAGAUACAAACUCUUCACAUUACACAGAGCCAGAAGACUGUGCUGCAGAAAUCCUUCACGUCUGAUUGCUGGGUGAAAGGGGUGUUUCUGUAUGUCCUUGAGGAUUUAAAAUAUCAUUGUUUACUGAAAACUUCUCUACCUUUUUAAAAUCAGCUAACAGCUGUCAGAUGAAUUUUUUUACAUUUGUGUUUUGUUGGAAUUUUUUAAAUCCCCUUGGCGUAUCUGUCAGUAUGUUAUCAUGGUUGCAUACCUCUCAACAUUUUGUCUGUUGGACUGACUGAUCAAAGAGCCACAAGAUACCAGAUAGAAUGAGUCUUGGUUUUGGUAUCAAGCAAGCCACUAGCGAACUGUCAUCAACUCUACGGACUCUGUUACUUUAGAAGGUGACUCAAAAUGAAUCUAGAAUAUGUGUUGUCUUUUGUUUUUGUUUUUGUUUUUUCUUUAGCACAACAAAGGAGGUUGCCCCAGACGUGGAGGGAAAUGAGAGACUAGAAUCUAACCUACUGCUAACACUGCCACUAACAUUUUGUCUUAGGCAGCAGAUGUAAAAUUAUGCUUUACAUAUUGUGGUGAGACUUACAAAGCAUAUAGCACUUUUUAAAACCUUUAAUUUGUAAUAUGUAUGUCCAUUGAAAGUGAAACUUGAAAGAAUGUGUCAUUUUCAAAACAUUUCUUCAUUCUUUACCCCAUCAAUUCUACUGGUACAUAAACCUCUUGCCUUAUAUAUAUAAAAAAAAAAAUUAAAAAAAAUUCAACAAGUUAUUUCCAACACAUGCCCGCAUUAUCUUACUAAGCAUAACACUAACAAUUCUGCCUCUUUGAGUUUACUUUAAGGAGCAAUUCUUUCAAAGGAUAUUGCACUUGUGACUUGUAUAUGGAGAGUAGUGGAUGUGUACAGUGUCUGUUUUCAAUGCAUAAUGGUUUCAGUGCUCUGUUGUGGGGACUGGUUUUGCCUUUUUUUUUUUUUUUUUUUUUUUUUUUUUAAGGUCUGUUAUACCAUCAAAAGACCUGAACAAGUAUAUCUGAUGUAACUUUCAUUCUAAACCAUUGACAAAGGGUUUGAUGCUACAUUGGUAAAAAUGUGAGCUGUUACGGAAAAGUUUAUUAGUCAAUACAGCUGAAAUUGGUUUCCCUUCUUUAAUGUUGUGUCAUGUGUGAAUUACCCAGGAAUUUGUUGUUGUGAGAUAAGGUGUUGAGAACAAAGUCUAGGAAGUAAAUAUUGCAUUAAGUAGAUGAAUUUAAAAUGACCUGCUUGUUUUCAGUCCUCAUGGUGAUGUAUUACAUAGUCAGAGAAUAAUGUGGUCUGUUGUUUUGAAUUUGGCUUUUUAAACUUGCUACCCUAAUGAGAAAAGGGACAGUUAAAAUCAAUUUCAAGAGGUUUAGACAGAGUUGCCUGAAGACUGGGAUGUCUGUUGUUACUCACUUAACCAAUCUGCUUUGCUGAACCAAUGACUAGGUUCAAGCCCUCCUUUAGCUAGCAUCUGCUGUCAGUGUGACUGGAAUGGAAACGAAGCCCCAGUAAAAGUCAACAGAUAAAGCCUCUGGCUAUGAAAACUACACUUAUGAAAACUUUCCCCACUGAAGCCCUGUCUAACAGAAAGCAAAAUUAGUGAUAAUCUAUUUGGUCUUAGUAGGAGUUGCCUGGACAUCUCAGUUAGUUAAAAGCUUUUGUUACUUUUUGAGAUACUGAGCUAAGUCCAACGGUCCAGUUCAGGUCUUACUUAGUUCUUUUUCAAAUACAAUGUUCAUUGAGAAGAGAUUUGUAUAAUAAAAACUGUUGCUUUGACUUAUCCCCAAGAAGAACAGCAAGAGAUCAGUGAAUUUUCCUUAAAAUGUGAUAUUAAUUUAUUUCUAGGUUAAUGUCUGUUUUAAAAAUCGGUGACUUUCUUAAGUUGCAGAGAGGGAACUAGGCUAAGAGAAUGCACACUAGUGGUUUCUAAGAGCUGUUAGAGGAAAAGUAUGUAUGUGCGUGUGAGAGAGAGAGAUCAUGCUUGAAGCUUACUGGCUGUGAUCUUCAUGAACAACAUGGUGGCUUGUUCUGGAGAUGUUUGAAAAACCCCAGAUCUCUAAACAGUCCUAGCAAAACUGCACUUGCUUGGGCUUGUGUGUUGUGCUAGUUGUCAGGAUGCCCCGUAUGUAUGCUAUAUAAGCAGACAAAUCCUGUAUACCCUGCUAGUAUCUGGGCAGCAGUCUUCAUGACAGUGUGCAUGUAGAGAUUGUUGCGUAUGCCAUAAUUCAAAGUGCAAUUACUGAGGCCCUUCCCGGAACUCUGCUGUGAUUGAUCCUGUUCUAUUAUUAGAACCCAGAUAAUAAUACAGUCUUUUUUUGAUUUUUUUUUUGUUGUUGUUGUUCUGUGAAAAAGUUCACUGGAUAAACUCAGGUGAGUUAAAUAUCAGGUCUUAUGCCUUCAUCAUGUUCUUCUGAAGUGCCCAUGUGUGCCACUCUUACGCAUCUGCAAGAUGCUUGUGUUACACCUGUAAGAUGCAGAGAAGCAGCUGCUGACUGGUGUUGUGUGAAUUCUCAUCUGAUCUGUGCCAGUAGAUGAAAUGAAAAUGGACAACUUCUGAUACAAAACCUGUUCUUCAGCUCACAUGUGAGAGGUGCUGGUGUCUAUGACUGGUGUUCUGAUGAGUGUCAAUAUGAUGUACAGUUACAUGCUGUCCUGUUUCAAUCACUGUCAUCAGUGAUUCUUGGUGAAACAUUGUGAAAUCUUGUUUGGCAUUUUGGAAGAUUAGCGUGGCAUACUCUAGUUAGUGUUGAGCACAUUCAGGUUACUGAUGGCUUUUGCUGUGCCCUUGUGGAUCUUGGGAAGGAAAAUCAUCUCCAAUGAAACUGUCUGGAGAAAAAAAAGCAGUAGAUGAAACUAUUUCAGUCAGUGCUGCCUUUAACCACUCCCUUUUCCCAGUGCAUCUUUUCUGAAUGAAAAUAAGACCUAGUAUUUCAACUCUUUAUAUCUCUUAGAACUGCUUAUAUCAGUAAGGGCUGCAGAACAGAUCCCUCUGUUGGGUACUGUCAUUGAUUUUUGCUUAUGCUGGUGACACAUUCCUGUUGCUUUUUGCUUGGUGUUAACAGAGGGCUUCUGGAGCUGUGGUUCUCUACUUAUGCGUGGUGCCAUCAAAUAGUGUAAGAAGGCUGAAUGGUGCUUUUUCCUUCUAUAUCCUGAAGGAUAUUCUGUUGAUCUGUUUUCAGCUUCUUGCUGCAAGGCAUUGAUGCUAGCUCAGGUGAGCUCCGUCCUUCCCACCUGGCCACCAGCACUGGCUGUGACCAUUCCUCAGCAGGCCAGCCAUUCCCAACCCUUCUCUUGGCAACUUUUCAAGUGGCUUGAGUAAAAGUCUGACCUCUUUUGGCGAUGGUUCCAUGGCCAAAGUCUGUCAGGUUCACCAAGACUUCUGGGACACCAGCGGGAAUUUAAGCUUAAUAUCAUUUGCCACAACCAUUCCUUGGAUUGCCAGGGAACUUUACUGAUUUGCCCCAUGGAAAUAAAUGCUCUAGGCAGCAGACCAAACUCCCCUUCCAUUGACAUAGUAAAGUCCUGUCCAAAAACACACAGACUGUACCAAUAAAAUUUUCCUGCUGCAUCAUAUUCAGUUUAUCUGCCAGUUAAUGAACAUGCAUUAUGUUAGAAGUGCAGGCAAGUGCUGCAAAAGGUCGAUCCACUUUAAGAGAUCAUGAUAUAAUAAAUUCCUAUAAAAUCUCAGGAUUUUCUUCAACUAUAACGUUGAAUUUGGGUUUUGAAGUCUUGUCUUGUGUUCUGAAGAGAUCGGCCAGACCUGGAGACUGCUUCCUGUCAUUGAUUGGAUGGCUUUCAGGUUGACUUUGCUUCAGCGUGGGGAAUUCAGCAAAGGUUACACAGAGCCUGCCAGGGUUGAAGUGUUGGGACUGUGCUGCAGCAGGACAAGUCCUGCGAAAGAGUAGUAACUGCCUUCCAACCCGCCUACAGCUGAUGCUACCGUACGGAUGAGGCUGUCGAUGCCACUUGACCUCCCACCUGAGGAAGGGGUCAGGCUCCCUGUGCUGCCCUUCAGAAACUCUCGCAGUGAGCAGGUGGUAUGGAUGUGACCAUGCGUGGGAGCUGGUUCCUAUAGUCCUGUGCUCGGCCGGAUAAACAUCUAUUACAAAGCGGGAGCCGGCUCUGCAAUUCCUGUAGAGCUGAGGAGUGUUACGUAUUUCAGGUGUAGUCUGCUGUGGUCAGCAUUGAAAGGGAGGUCUGUCGUUGCAUGUUGGGUCCCUCUCAGAUAUGGGCGAAACAGGGCAAAUACAAACGCAAAGACGUUGCUGGCUGGAUUUUCACAGGAUUAUCCUAGUUAUGCAAAGAAAACUUCUAAACAGGACUUUUUAUUUUGUGAUUAUUUUUUAGUUUUGAGAUAUUGAGAUGUCUGUAUAUUCCAAUGAAGUACUGAAAGCACUUGUCUUUGUAUAGGAGAUAACUGUUUAAAAAAUUGCAGCUGAUCUUAUAUUUAGGUAAAACAUUUGUAGAUAGGUAAUUGUAUAAUGUUAAACAAUUUUACACUGGCAUGUGUUGUAUAGUUUAUACAAGACACUUCUGCAGAAUUUUUUAGUUAGUAAAUUUCUAGUAACAUAAAUGUAUAGUUUUUGUAUCCUUUCAUGUAUGUUCAUUUCUCGGUAUUACCACUUGCAGAAUAAUUUUUAGUUUCUUAAACUGUAAUUGGUUAUUUGUCCGUGGUUCAAAGGGUUACUGACU